AUGCGCUUCAAGGCCGACGUCUCGAACCCGAGUCAGCUUUCGCGCCUCAUCACCAGCCUCGCUCCGCUCUCAAAGACGGCCAUCCUCAAGCUCAAGCACGACCAGGUCCACCUCAUCUGCCGCGCAGGCGGCACAAAGACGUCCGUCCAGGUCUGGAGCGUCAUCAACAUCGACUCGAUCUUUCGCACCGAUACCCUUCGCCUCGAGUCGAACCAUCAGAACGAGGUCUACCUCGAGGUGUCGACCGAUCUCCUCGCAAAAGCGCUCAAGUCUGCAAGUGGCGCGACCGACGUCGGCGUCAAGCUCGCCAAGAAGGGUGGGAGCGGACCGGGCGGAACGGGCGAGGGCUCCUACCCGGUCCUCUCGCUCGUCGUCCAGAGCUCGAGUCGGCUCGGCAAGCGCCUCGAGAUCACGCAAGACGUCGCCGUCAAGGUCAUGAAGGCCGCCGAGAUGGACCAGCUCAAGGAGCCGCUGUGCCCGACGCCUCAAGUCGCGCUGUACCUUCCCUCGCUGCACACGCUGCGCACCGUGGUCGAACGCCUCAAGACCAUCUCGUCGUACAUCACCAUCAGCGCGAACAAUGCCGGCGAGCUCAGGUUGCGCGCCGAGUCCGACGACGCCAAGGUCGAGACCGAGUGGCGCGACCUGCGCAUGCCGACUGCCGGAGCUGAAGGCAUGACGGACCCUCCCGACGACCCGCACGAGUUCAUUUCGGUCACGCUCGAGGCCAAGGACGUGCUCAAAUUCCUCGCGAGCUACUCGGUCGCGAGCACGACCAUCGCCUGCUUCUGCAGGGCGCACGCCGCCAUCUUCUACGUCUACGUUGGCGCGGAGCGCGACUCGUCGGGCGCCCAGGGGUCGGGCGGCGUCCUUACCUUCUUCGUGCCGGCGGUGCAGCUCGGCGGCGAUGACUAGUGCCGCGCGUGGACGAGCCGUCGGGCCGAGGGAGGUCGGGUUCGAGGAGCUCGAGCCUGAGGGGGAGAGAGGAGGUCCGGGAGCGUGUUGUUGUACUUGAGCUUGCACUGCAGGGCUUUU